AUGGUGAUGAUGAGCAAAGAGGCCAGGCAGAGGCUGCAGCAGCAUUUCAAGAACAGCCAGUUCACCAUCUACCGGGGCUUUAUCCCUCUUGUCAUUUACCUUGGAUUUAAGAGGGGCGCAGAUCCCAGAAUGCCUGAACCAACAGUUUUAAUCCUAUCUUGGGGAUGA